GGCUUGAGAGGCCGGUUUUUCGAGCGCUCUUUCUUCAAGCGUCCUUUCUUCCAGCAACCUCCUUCACCCGUGCGGCAAUUCACUCAAUCGAAUAUCCAACUGCUUGAUUCAAAUAUUAAAUUUGAGGAAGAAACGCAUCCAGGAUACACCGCAGAAAAUUCAUAUUCUGUCAAUAUUGGUGAGGUCUUCCAAUCUAGGUACCAAGUUAUUGGAAAACUAGGGUUUGGGGGAUACUCGACGGUAUGGCUUUGCAAAGAUCUUACACAGCAUAAAUAUCUCACAUUGAAAGUGUUCCGACAAGGCUCAGCCGAAGGCAAAAGAGAAAUGGCAAACUACGAUCGCAUCAAUGCGAUCAAAACCUCCCAUGCUGGCGCCAUGCUUGUUCGCACAGCGCUUGAUACCUUUCAGAUCGACGAUGCGAAAGGAAGUUAUCAGGUUAUCGUGCACCAGCCUCUCGGCAUAAGGCUAUAUGACCUCAGACAUCUAUUCACAGAUAAAAUACUACCCGAAAUAGCAGUGAAAUUGACUUUGAUGCAUCUUCUACUUGCUCUUGACUACCUCCAUACAGAGGCUGGCAUCGUCCAUACCGACAUACAGGAAAAUAAUAUCAUGCUCAACAUUGAGGAUGAGUCACUGUUGGUUGAGUUUGAGGAGGGAGAGAAAUCCAAUCCUAGUCCACGGAAAGUUGUUGGAAAUAAGGUGAUUUAUGCAUCUCGCGAACUCAAGACAACAAAUAACCAUGGUCCACCUGUUUUAUGCGACUUUGGUCAAGCUCGUUUCGGUUCUGCCCGUUACAAUGGUGACAUUCAGCCUUACAUAUACCGAGCUCCAGAAAUUUUGCUGCGCACGACUUGGAAUGAAAAGGUCGAUAUUUGGAAUCUUGCGGUUCUCACAUGGAAUAUUUUCCAACGGGAGCCACUAUUCUAUGCCAAAGAUUCGAAGAAGGAGGACUCGAACGCUCAUCAUAUCGCCGAGGUGAUUGCGGUUCUUGGACCGCCACCUAGAGAAUUGUUACAGAACAACUACUAUGCUACAGAAUUCUUUGAUUCAGAGGGCAAUUGGAAGGGAGCAGCUCCCAUUCCAUCAAAAGCCUUGGAACAGCGGGAGGAAAUUUUGCAAGGUGAACAGCAACAACUCUUUCUCGCCUUCAUGCGCAAAAUGCUCCAGUGGCGGCCAGAGGAAAGAAGUUCUGCUAGAGAAUUAUUGGCGGACCGGUGGUUACUUAUGCCAUAA